CCAGUGGAAGCGUCGGAAUGGCGGAGGAGGGGCCCGGAGGCAAGGCAGAAAGAGGGCGGCGGCCGGCAAAACGGAACAGCCGGAGCCAACUCCGCUUACACGAUGCGAACGACGAAAAAGGGAUGCAGUAAGGUAAACAGACCGCUUCCGUCGCAGCAAAACAAAGUACCACAGCGGGGCAGGGCGAGCGAGGACCUGAGUGACAAAUCCGGCUGUGCGGUUCAUCGUCCGAAACUUUUUUUUUUUUGUUGGCUCGGGUCGGAUUGGUUAUUCUGCACGGCUCUGCAAGAAGACAUGUUGGUCCAAAAACAACCCUUCUGCUGCUGCUUGUUGCUUUGCCGUGGGUUGCACUGGGCUUUGGUUCGAGCCUUCGGAAACGGAAACGGAAACGGGAACGGAAGCGACCCAAAAUUUGCCAAUUUGCAAAUUUAACCACGCCCCAUCGCUUCCAACGGGGCCCCCAUCGACCGGCCACCACACACAAGAUUGCUAAUAGCUGAACGAGCUCAAAAACCGCAAAAAGCGAUGACCGGCACCGACGGGCACGGAAACGGAAGCGAGAUUUACCGAAAAAAACAAAACAAAACCCAAACCGCAGCUCCAUACAUCCCAACUCUGCUUGCAGUGCACGGAUUGACACUGCCAACUCACUGAGCUGAUACAUGCAUGUCAGGAUGGAAUAAAGCAAAGGGGUUUAUUUGGCAACAAACUCGUCCAACGCACAAGUAUCGGCUAAUCGAGACAUGUUGUUGUUUGACGGGCGAAAAAACUCGAACUUGAAACACCAUCACCCAAACAGCAAAUGCCUGGAGCUCUUUUUGCUCUCAAUCCCAUCCAGAAUCCAGAAGAGACAGCAUCCAGAGGGCAGUCACCUUCUCGUCUCGCAUAUGCACAAGCGACCAGCGGCAACAUACAGUCGCAAAGUCGCGGCUUCUGACUCGGCCUCGAAUGCGUUCGACACGAUGAUGGUGCAAGCGUCCCCUCCACCACUUCAACCGUCCGACCAGACUCCUCAAGAUCGUAGCCCAUCAACACAGAGCCAUCGCUCCUACUCGACUGGGCGCGCUGUGGUGCCAACUGCGAGCGAAACCACGCGAGCACCACUGAAUCCAACCACGGUGGACCAGGCUCAGACUCGAGCGAUCGCGGCACGACCGUCGACGGCGACCUCCUCCUCGCCGUUGCGCUCGACGCAGCAGAGGUCACUGCGUGCAUCCACGAGCGACAGCACGAGCCAGUCGUCGCUCCAGCAGCCAGCGAAAGCCAACUCCACGCGACCAUCAUCAUCCGUCGAUGAAGCCGAAGAGGCCUCGUCCUCGUCCUCGUCCGCGACGGCUCGCCCGCUGCUGACUGCUCCACGCCCUGGACGGCGAUCGCUUGCACUGACGCCACCGAGAGACAGCGUCAGUGCGACGGGCGGUGCGAUCCCAGUCAUCAAGCGAAAUCCAUUCAGUGGGCGUUCUGCACCGCUACCGACGACGAGAGCGAAGGAAGCCACCUUGGCUGCCGCACCCUCUGCGUUUGACUUUGACGAUGACGACGAUCCAGCAACCAAGCCAUUAAAGCGCACCGCCAGUCCUGCCCGUCGAGUUCCCAAUUCCGUUCUUCCGGCUGCAUCCACCAGCGCUUCCAGUUCAAGCUCUCCGAUCGAUGCCAAGCCUCCCCGAAUAGCAGAGGCGGUCAAUACCAAAGCCCUUUCGUCUUCAUUUCGCACCUCUCCUCGAACUCGUUCGCCGCCGGUGGAGCAAGGCUCGCCUGCGCGAGAAACCCUUACCGUGGCCGUUCCUCGCGCGUCCGCUGCUCGGCGGCAGCUUGCUGCGUCCACUCAAGCGUCUGCACUCUCUACCCUUCAGCAGCCUCCUAUCACUACUGGCACGACCUUAGGUCGAAGUAUGAGCGCAACAACAACAACCGCAGCCCCAGCAUCCGCCGUCGAGCCCGUUCCUGCGCGCGCCUCCCCUUCGCGGACAGGGCUAUCAAAACAAUCAUCGCCAUCCAGCUCUCCUGCGCGCAAGCCUCCUGUCGCUGCCAGCACCGCCAAUCCAGCACGGCCAACCACAAAGCGACCGACGGAAAAGCGCACUUUGGCCGACACAGUCACAUUGCAACCGAAACGUGUGCGCGUGGAAGACCCUUUCGACGAUCUGGAAUCACCGGACAUGUCGCUUGCUCUGACUGGAUCACUGGCGUCUCGACAAGCUGGCGAAAACCAGCAGCUUCGCGACGAUCUCGAGUAUAUGCUGGAAGGUCUCGGCUCGGCCCAGCCACCUGGAGUGCGCUGCAAAAGCAUGUGUACGUUGGCAGAGCAAGCGGCAUCGCAAGAUUUUCAACUACAUUUUCGUGCAUUGGGUACCCUUUCUCGAGUCUGCCGGAUGUUGUCAGAUGCUCCCCAGCAUGCGGACUUGGCCAUUUGCACUGCUGGUUUUUUGGCCGUCUUUACGCGCGAUUCUGCCGUCCUUGAUGCAUCAAGCGAUCUGCUCAAGCUUGCGCUCGCCUUGUUGGAAACUGCACUAGCACCCAAGCCGAUUGCCAACCAGAGUUUGGCAGCUAGCAGCAGCAGCAGCAGCUCGCUCACCCCGCGUAUGCGAGCAACUGUUGCAGCCAUGCUGGCCACCAUUCCACAGCUAUUGCCCGAACACCGCUCUGGCUCGCUGCUGCUGCCAAUAGUUCUCGUCGUCUUGCGAUCCAUCGCCACCUGCCGCAAUAUCGAAAGCGUGCGCCGGCACUUGCUGGCUUCCACUCCACUGUUGGCCCAGGUAGCUAGCGUAUUUGUGCAACAGCAAAGGCACUUGCAGAGUCAGCAGACGCGCUUGCUGUUUCCGCAAGCGGGCGGUGAAGAAACCUCGCCCGCGGCUGCUGCCACGCUCUGGACGAUGCAAGAAUGCAUGACCAUCCUCAGCGACCUGACGGUCGCAGCCACACCCGAGACACAACUGCGACUAGUCGUGGCACCAACGCCAGAGACGGACCCGCAGUCGCAAGCCUCAUCCACUUCAUCAUCGUCAUCGUCUGCAGAAGCCAUUCAUCCCAGUGCGCUGCUUGUUUCGAUUGUCGACUUUUGGGCGUGGCUGUUGGAGCAAAUCAACGAGCCUCUCGCUGAUGUGAAAGGACCUGGAUCGACCGCGCCCAAAAAGCACCAGUCGCGUGCCGCCCCUUUGCCUGCUUUACCUGCCACAACAACUCGUCGAAUGUUGCCAAGUAGCUGCACGAACAUUAGCGUGUCUGCGCUGCGUGUGUUGAUGAACGCCACAAAUAACCAGUCUGAAGCGUGCUUGGCGGUGGCCGCCGCGUCGCCAGGACUGGCCGUGAUUACGGAGACGGCACUCGUCCUGGCAUCGCAUGUGGUUGAAGACAGCGGAUCAGCAACCACGUCGCGCGUUGCGGGUGGCGUGGCACACCACAACCACAUCACGCACGAUGUGCGCGUCUACGGGCUUGGCUUGCUUGUCAAUCUGACCGAGCAUACGUGGAGCAAUCGCCAGGCGAUAGGAGUGCUCAGCUUGUCCAAAGCGCAAGUUCGCGGCCUAGCACCGACCUUUGCAACGUCUCAGCAUGAGGAACCGGCCAAGAAUAGCGCGCACUUGUUCGACCUAGCCACCUCGGAGCACUUACCCAUUUCGCAAGCCGUCUUUCUCCAGCUCGUGCAUCGGCAACCCCAACCGACUGUUCCAUCCACGCCAACGACACCGACUGCGGGCGCGCCGACCUCUUCUGGCACGGCAUCAGCAACGACACGAGGGCGUCGAAAAGCAACUACUACUCCGCCUGCUGCUGCUGCUGCUGCCCCACCCACCGCGGCUCCUCCCGCUGUUUCGCAGCCGCCGGAGCUUGAUGAGCAGUCUGAAACAGAUCGCAACAUUACCGGCGCCUACGCAGCGUUAUUUCUGGGCUGUCUUGUGCGCGAUCAUGACUUCAACCGAGCUCUACUGCAGCGUGCCUUCCCGUCCGAGGAUUGCUGGGCCCAAAUGGUGCAUCUUCUUGCCGGAUUUGUCGAGUACCAGCGUGCUCUGGGAAUCGUACUGUCCGACGAGACGUGCGCGUGCAUUGCCGAUGUGAUGGACGUGUUUGUCCCGGGUGCGGGCACAGAGCUGCGCGGCACGACAGAUCGUCACACCUCGACCAACACCGGGCAAGGUGUUUAUUCGUCCCAGCACGAACCUUUGUCCACCCCGCUCAACUCAGACCUCUCCUCCGCGGUGCCAAUGGCCCUCGAGCCACCACAGGGCGCUUCGGGUUUCACGCAACCACCCGCGUCAAACGAAGCAUCCGCACCUAUCGAGAGCGACAGCGAUGAUGAUGAUGAUGGCCAAGAGCCUGACUGGCUGCAACAAACGCGAGUCAAAGUCAGGUCGUCUCAGUCGUAACAAGCGUUCUUCAUGGAAUCUUUUGCUUUGGGUCGGAUUGGCGUAACAUUUGGAUCAAUUUUGGGUUUGUAUCACUGGUUUGUUUUUUUUCCAUGGUUAACAAUGAGAUUUUAUUAUCGAAAAG